AUGGCAUCCGCAGCUCCUACCCUCAUGGGACUUAAAAAUGGGUCAAAGAACUCAUUUCCACCAAAGUCCAUGGAAGACACCAGAAAAAUGAUCGAACAACUUUGCAUCGACAUCAAUUUCGCCCACAAGGUCGAGAAAUUGGAAAAAUUUGUCGGUGGCAAUAAUACCGCAAUCUUAUUCACUUGUCUUCCUAUCAAAGCAACGACUGAAGACCAACGAGUCGCCUGCGUAUUACGCACAGCUCUAACAAAUUAUUCGAAAGGCAACCCACCCGCCGAUCACUACAUGAAGUCGGAAGUAUCCCUCACUCAUUACUUCCGUCAGCAAAUGCAUCUACCAAUUCCACUCGUUCUAGCAUGGGAUUGUACCUAUCAAAAUCGCAUACAUUGUCCAUAUACACUUUUAGAACGAAUCAAGGGGGAGACAUUGGAAUAUGAGUAUUUCAGGCUGUAUAAAAAAUUGGAACUCCAGAAUCCGCGGGACGCCCGCGUGGAUCGUCGUUGCCAAUACGCGAGAUGUGUUGCUGACUUUGUGGCUGCGAUGGACAAGACUGAACUUCCGGGAUACGGAAUUUUCGUCGCUCCCGUUGAUAUGCCACUUAAGGGUAACAAAGUGGAAGGUGAUUUCCAGCUAAGUCGAGAUUCCAUCGACGGUGUUAGGAUUCCCUCGGAGCUGAAUUUUCCUAAUUGGGUCAAUAAUAAUUUAAAUGCUCAGAUGCAGAGAACUUCUGAUAUCUUUCUCAAGUUGUCGCCAGUUGAAGUUUGGAAAAUUCAGAAGCUCAGACAGAUAGGCACGCAGAUGGCAGAAAAGGGGCUGUUGACAGACGAGCCGGCCGCGUUAUGGCAUGCAGACUUCUACCCGAGGAACAUUAUGGUUAAGACUUCUAAACACCAUGUCAUACUCACUGGAGUCAUCGAUUGGGACGAAUCUAGGGCAUUUCCUCGCAUUGUAACCAGAAAACCUCCCAGCUGGCUCUGGUCCACGUCAGAGAGCCCUUUAAGACGAGAAGAAAGCGACGCAAUUGCAGCUGCCUUUUACGAUCAUAUGGAGAUGCUGCGUCCAGGAUAUAAAAACGACGCGCGUCUGCCGAUCAAAAAAGCAAUUAGAGCUCUCUGCAUGUACGCAGUCUUUGGGGUAAACUUUCAGCAUUACCUUGAGUUGUCUUUUGAUGGUUUGGUAGGGUAUUGGGAGGAUUUCAUGAGGAAGCAUUAA